AUGGAACUGUGGAAUACUAAUUUAAGCACAGCAGAGAGGAAUGUGACCUACAGUCCAAUCAUCCCAGGCGCUUGGGCUGCAGCAGGUUUGCACGAGGUCGAAGUGUACAGCACUACUUGGCGAAAGUUUGCAGCGGAGUUCAUAGGAACAUUCCUGUUGGUCCUCGUAGGCUGUGGCUCUACCACUGUAGCUUGGUCUGAAGGAUACAAGCCAACGACUGUUCAAAUUUCACUGGCCUUCGGGCUGAUUGUUGCAUGUGUUGUUCAGUGCCUGGGUCAUGUGAGCGGCGCGCACGUAAACCCAGCAGUAACGGUGGGCCUGUUGUCAGCCGGCCACGUUUUCCUCCUGAGGGCCGUGAUGUACAUAGCGGCCCAGUGUGCUGGCGCAAUCGCUGCUGCUGUUGUCCUCAAGAUGCAGUACACAGGUGCUAGCAUGAAUCCGGCUCGCUCACUUGGGCCUGCAAUCGUGACCGGUGUGUGGCACAAUCACUGGGUGUACUGGAUGGGACCACUCGCAGGAGGCAUUGCAGCUGGCGCCAUGUCCAGUUGUCUCUUCAGACCAAGCGUCCCUAAAGCACCAGUCAGACCAACUCGAGACUCUGAACACAGGCCCCUACUUUCAUAA